GUUUUUUUUGUUUUUCUGACAGGAUCUGCCUCGGGUUAUCCAGGAGGUAAACGCGUAAAGGAGAUGGUGUGUGUCUGAACCCACAGUGAACCAAGAUGGAGCCCAUUAAGAGAGAUAUGGAGCUGCUGAGUAACAGCAUGGCGACCUACGCUCACAUCAAAGCCAAUCCAGAGAGCUUUGCCCUCUACUUCAUGAUGGGCGUCUGCUUCGGGCUUUUCAUGGCGCUGUGCCUCCUGGUGGCCGGCAUUACUUGCAGGGCUCGCCGCCACAGAAAACCACCUCCGUCUCCAUCGAGGAGACAGCUCAAGGAGUCCAGUGAAGAGGAGGAGGAUGAGGAAGAAGAGGAGGAGAGUGUAGGAGAGGAGAGGGCAGUGGAUACGGAGAUCCCUAAAGUGACAGUGGGUCCUCUGAGUGACCGCAGCAGCCAGUCUAACGGCACUCUGAGGAGCCUGAACGUGUUCACCUCGGCCGAGGAGCUGGAGAAGGCCCGACGGCUGGAGGAGAGGGAGCGAAUCGUCAGGGAGAUCUGGAGGAACGGGCAGCCGGACAUCCUGGUUACGGGGACUGGGACGAUUGGACGAGUUCAUUACCACUAAGAGAGACUUGGACUGAGCUUUUAAAAACAUGUAAGGGACAACCAAUGGAGAGAAACGUGCUUUGUAUGGAGGCACAAAAAUGUCAAGAUUAAAAA